AUGAAUUUUUAAAAUUCGUUAUAGCAAAAUAGUUAUUUUAUUUUUAUUUUUUUUCCCUUCAUACAAUUUAACAGAAAAUACUCUUAAAAAUUACCAAGUGCUGGGAUAUGCAACUGACAUAACACAUUUCCAUUAGUCCCCACUUACAGGAACUUGGCCUAUUUCCUAUUUCACUUUCAGUCACAGAACACUUUCAGCAGUGUUUUCAGUCUUCAUAUUGAUUCGAGAUGAAGUUCCUCAUUCUUCUUGUUCUCGCAAUUGUUGAAAACGUUUUCAGUUUCGAAUGUUGGGUGAAUGACCCAAACGGCCCGAAAGUCCCGGGAUUUUUCAAAUACAAACUUGAAGAUUGUGAAGACAAUUUGUCCAAACAGAUUGCAAAUAACCCUGCGAUUCGAAUAACUGAUUUUGAUUAUGCUUGUCACAAGCUAGUUGUGGAGACAGGGAAAGAACCGUUCGUGAUGAAAGGUUGCCUACCUAAAAAUGGAUGCCCCGACUUAAAAAAAGAUUUUGAAACAAGGGCCGCCACUGCUGGACAAAACACAGUUCCCGUGAAAAGUGUGAGAUGUUACGAAUGUGACGAGAGUGGAUGCAAUUCGGGGGAAAAACCGAAAGUGUACGCAGGUGUCGCAUUUUUGUUAGCAUUGAUCGCAAGUCUAGUUUGACAAGAUUCACCACCAAAUAAUAAAGUAUUCAUUUACAAGGACUUCACCCACUUAUACGACGCACAAAAAUUUAGUAGUAAUUUAGUACAAAUGGUCGAAACUACUUUUCCCAGAAUGCGGCCUUGGUGGGCGCCAUCAUAAUUUUUUUUGUAACAAAGAAAAAAACAAUAAAUGAUUUUUCCAAUGAA